UUUGACCACUUUGAAAUUUUGCGAGCCAUUGGAAAAGGCAGUUUCGGGAAGGUUUGCAUCGUACAGAAGAAUGAUACCAAAAAGAUGUACGCGAUGAAGUACAUGAACAAACAAAAGUGCGUGGAGCGCAACGAAGUGAGGAAUGUCUUCAAGGAGCUCCAGAUCAUGCAGGGACUGGAGCACCCUUUCCUGGUUAAUUUGUGGUAUUCCUUCCAAGAUGAGGAAGACAUGUUCAUGGUGGUGGACCUCCUGCUGGGCGGGGACCUGCGUUACCACCUGCAGCAGAACGUCCGCUUCCAGGAAGACACUGUGAAGCUAUUCAUCUGUGAGCUGGCCAUGGCCUUGGACUACCUGCAGAGCCAGCGCAUCAUUCACAGGGAUAUGAAACCUGACAAUAUUUUGCUUGAUGAACAUGGGCACGUGCACAUCACAGACUUCAACGUCGCCGCAGUGCUGCCCGGGGAGAUGCGGAUCACCACCGUGGCUGGCACCAAGCCUUACAUGGCACCUGAGAUGUUCAACUGCAGAAGAGAAGCAGGCUAUUCCUUUGCUGUUGACUGGUGGUCACUGGGAGUGACAGCAUAUGAGCUGCUGAGAGGCCGGAGACCGUAUCAUAUUCGCUCCAGUACUUCCAGCAAGGAAAUUGCACACAUGUUUGAGACAGCACUAGUGACUUACCCUUCUGCCUGGUCACAGGAGAUGGUAUCCCUUCUUAAAAAGCUACUUGAACUGAAUCCGGACCACCGAUUUUCCCAUUUGUCUGAUAUUCAAAACUUCCCAUAUAUGAAUGAUAUGAACUGGGAUGCAGUUCUGCAGAAGAGGCUCAUUCCAGGAUUUGUUCCUAACAAAGGCAGGCUGAAUUGUGACCCCACCUUUGAACUCGAAGAAAUGAUUUUGGAGUCCAAGCCUCUUCACAAGAAAAAGAAGCGUCUGGCCAAGAAGGAGAAGGAGAUGAGGAAAUGCAAUUCCUCUCAGACAUGCCUUCUUCAAGAACACCUUGAAUCUGUCCAAAAGGAGUUCAUAAUUUUCAACAGAGAAAAAGUCAAAAGGGACUUUAAUAAAAGACAAGCAAAUCAAGCCUUGGAACAAACCAAAGACCCACAAGGAGAGGAUGGUCAGAAUAGCAACCUGUGAAGUCCUCAUCAUCUUCUUGGGACAUUUCCACAUCAGGAAGAGCUGACAAUAAUUCUCACCUCUCCACACCUCACACACCUUAGAAAAUGUGAAUGAAUGCCUUGGGAAGGAGGCAGCAUGACCCAGGGAAGAGUCCCUGGGUUCCUGGGAACUAGUUUCACAAUUGUGUGACCUUGAGCAAGUCACUUAAUCCCUUUCUCUGCUUCAGUUUGUUCAUCUAAAAGGAGAAGUUAGUACUCGAUGAGUUCUACACUGCCUUUUUAACUGCCAACAUCCUGUUAUUCUUAAUAGCCUCUAUUUUUACUUUAAAAGGAAUAUUUGGAUGUAGAUUUAUUUUUUCACUCUUAAUUACACUGUGACAAAUGGACUUCGGUGGCUGAUGGAGGGAAGCCCUUGAGAGCUAGAAAACUUCAUAAGGAAGCCAGAAUCCCCAAACCCACCUGAGGAGGAGUAAGGAAUUCAUUCCGGAAGAAAUGGGUGGGACCAGAUGAGAAGUGACACAUACUGAUGAGGGCCCUCCAGUGGUGUGCUGGACCUGAACACUAUACCAGCUUGUAUCAUUUAGUAAGAUCUGCUAGGCAUAAAUGCCCCAAUGCCCUGUUCAGUAAUGUGAAAUUGAGAAGUUGAAAUUGGUGAUGGUGGAAAUAUUUACACCAUGGAAACUGGCAGAUGCUACAAAUAGGGCUUUUUUUCCCUCUCCCAGCAAGCCAUUUCUGAAAUAUUUAGCACACCCCUGGCCUUCUUCUAGAAGCAUGUUCCUUGGGAACUGUUACCUCUUAAGACUCUCAGAGACCUGGGUCCAGACAGGAUUAGAAAAGAACAUUGUCACAUUGAAAACAUGUCCAACUUAUAGUACACUGAAGUUGUAUCUUACACGGGAGUUACAGUCUAAGUUAGAAUGUGAGGUGAAUUUGGAAGAUAGUAGAAUUUACCCUUGAAAAAUCCCUCUAAUAUACAUUAACAUAUAGUGAGUAUCUUUUCUUAGAGAAGCCCAAUAUCAUCCAGGCCCUUCACUAAUGAAACGAAUCAUCUCUGAUUCACUUUUUUGGGUCUCAUUUUAAGGUAAUACCAGAUGCACAAAAAUGUUAAACAGAUUAUUCAUGGCUUGGUAGACGAGUCUCACACUUUAAACUGUGGAAUGCCCACAAUCUGAGAGGUCUAAGGUCAUGGAAACUGACUAAGCGAGCAGCAAUACCUACUUGUGCUUACUGCAAAGAACGGCAGGCCAAACCACCUAUCUACAAUAUCUUCUUUAUCUGCCAAAUACAGAGUUAAACUCGCCUAAGUUGAGAUGUAACUCUACGCUCCAGAUACACAGAAGAUCUUUGCAGAAGAACUGUUUUUUGGCAACUCCCAGCUGCUGCUGGGUGAAGAGUAAACAGGGUCAGUGGGGGUCUGUUGUAACUCUUAGCCACUCAGCUCAUCAAAACCCUGUCCUUCCUUGUGGAGCGUGUGGGGCUCAUCAAGGCGGCAGUAAGUUGUCAACAGGGGAGACCAGACAGGUGGAAACAAGCAGAAGUAAGAGACGCUGCUACACAGGACUUUUCCAGAAGGGAGGUCACUCUGGGCAACUCAAUAUGAGCAGAAAAGCAGUGCUGAGCUGUAAACGCAACACUGACAGCUUUCUCCACCCUCAGCUAACAGGCCCAGAACUUCUGGCCUUGAAAACCUGGACACAGGGCCUCUCUGCUUUAAGAGUAACCACAUUUCUAUUAAGAAUUAAAAGCCAGAUCCUAUGUUCUGUUUGAUUCCUUUUCUCUCUGUUUCCCCCACAUGAUCUCUCUGUGCUAGUUUUUCUCCCACAUAGAAAUUAUGGCCCAGUUUCCCAAGGAGGGGGUUGACUGAAUCUGUAAGGAGGUGACCGGAUUCUGCUUCUCGUUGGUAACCAGGAGUGUCAGGGGCCACGUGCAUGUUUACCAACUUCCAUCUUUCAUUUGUUUGGAGUCAAGCCCUGAUGUGUGUGGACUCAUCUCUCCAGUCACCUGGUUCCCCCUCUUUCUCUGACCUUGUCUAUUAUCAUCCCAAUGGAGAGACGCUGGGAAAGAUUUACCCAAGGGCAAUGGGAUUGGCAGGGUCUCCGUUGGGAUGAGACCCGUUAAUCCUUUGUGCCAUUUCAUGUCUACUCAGUUAAUAAUGGAAUAGGAACUCAAAACAACUAGGUAUUCUGUAGGGUGAAUAUCUAGUUUUUACUUCCAGUGACCUUCUUCUGUGCCUGCAGCACCUUUGUGGGCUUUCAGGAACCAUGGGUGCAAUGACUAGAGGGCACAGCCUGAGAGGUUAAGAUCAGAUUUCCAGUCCUCAUCAGGUUACAGAGCCACAGGUAGUUCAAGUUAGAAAAUAAAAAGCAUCGCAUCUAUCAGUGUAGAACAACUGAUCCCAAGAACCUCCACUGGGUAUUUUGAGUGCUAGGACAAAAGUUUCCCAUAUAUAAAAGGAUUCCUCAGUCCUUACCAUGACUGCUAGUUGUUGAAAUCAGAUCCUUGGGUUUCAUUCCGUAACCUGGGCUAAAACUGACUACCCUACUGGCUGAAACAUAUCCAGGUUUAUGACAGCCAAGGCUCAGGGCUAAGAAUUUUUUUAAAAUUACAAAAAAUAGGGUGACUCUUAAAUCCUUUUGUCUGGCAUUUCUGACAUCUUAUUUUCCCUCACACCUCCCUUACCUGUGUGGAACAUCUGAAAAGUGUGAGCAGGUUUGAAAGCCCAGGAGCAUCCUGGCUCUAACACUGGCACUGCAGAGGGGCCCACCCACCCCAGUGCAAACACAGGGGCCACAGGUGGGAGGGUGGGGCUACUCUGUGACCCUGUCCCUGACCUGAACCCCAUGGAAGAAAAUGCUUUGCUAAUGGCUCAUUCCCCAAGGCAGCACUGGUCUUACCUGAGGGCACUGCUAGGGCAGAAAUCAAUGUCAAAAAACACAGAACACUGCUCUGUUAAUGAGGGAAACUUAAGUAAUUGGCAAUUAGUCUGCUUCUGAUAGUUAAGUUUUAACCAGAAACAACUAGACUUUAUAUCAUCAUAGCUUUUCUAGCCUGGAUGGAUGAAUAAAUAACUAGGGAGAAAGAGCAGGUCACACAGCUAGCAGGGGCCAGCGCUGAUGAUUUUGACUAACGCAGUAAUGCUAAGGCUUAUAAUUCUUCAAGGGCUCAAUGAAAAGGCAUGAAAAAGAGUGAAUUGUUUUAGCAUCCAGUUGUCCCUGCAUUCUGUCGACACAAAUCUGUUUCCUAGAGACUCUGCCUGUGAUCACCAUUUCUUACAAUCUCAGUGUGUCUGAUAUUUAACACUGUUAAAAACCCAAA